GCGGCCUUUGCGGAAGGAUAUGUGGCGCCACGCUAAUAUAUUCUACUGUAGGAGAUCCUAGUAUAAUGGAGAUCGUUGGUUCGCGUAUAUAUUGGAUGAACUGGAGUUGAAGCUUCGGCGCCAUACAAUAAGCAGUUUAUAGAGGAUUUAGUGGAACGGUAAGGGACACCGCUGGUUGGGAUGUGGUUUGGGAGGGACGUGAUGUCAAGUUAUACCAAGAAAAGAAUAUGGAGGAUCUGACUGCGAGAGUGAGGCAUCCUUUGGGGGCAUUGUCGUGAGAUGAGAUCAGAGGAAGAUGUAUAAGAGAAGCCUAAUACUCUACCCAGAGCAUCCUCUCUCUACUCCCAAAGAUAUCAGUCUUGUCUGGAACGUCUCACCAUCAAUCAACUCCAAAUUACGUACUUUGAUUCAAAGAACCUCCUCUUACAUCCACAAUGAAGCUCUUCCUCUUCACCCCCCUCCUGGCCCUUGCCGCCGCCGAAGAUUUGCAAUGGUGUGGUGGAGCGCGCUACUAUCCGAGUAAAUACACCUGCUUUGGCACCAUGUUGUGUCCGAAGAACAACGGAGAAGUUUAUCUCGCGUGCGGCAAAGCGUGCUAUUCCACACAUAUCUACUUCUGCGAUCAGAAUAAUCAACUCCAACUUUGGAACCCGACCAGCGAGCCGAUUUUGGACUGUGGUGGAAAGCCGUAUUAUCCUAGCAAGUACGCUUGCUAUGAUGGCAACUUCCUCUGCCCGAUUCUAAAUGGGAAUCCGACGCUUCGUUGUGGCGAUGCUUGCUACAAUGAUAAGGAAUAUAGCUGUAAGGACGGCCAGCUCGGCAGGCCAAAUUAUUGAUCUAAUUCGGGUUUGAAAGAAAGGGAAAUAGCAGUUUGUGCGUGGAGGAUUUGGGUGGUUGAUAUAUGUCGCUCCUUUAAUGUCUUAGUAUGCUAUGAUAUAGUAAUGAGUAUGAUUAAUGAGCCCGUG